ACCUGGUUUUGUACGGUCUUGCAUGUUCAGAGAAGAAGAGAACAACAAACAACGUACGAGACGAGAUAACGACAGGAAAAUGGCGAUUUCGGGACGGGGUAGAACGGUUCUGAUAGUGACAGGGAGAGUCGUUAACAACGUGCUUAGCUUCAUCGUCUUCUCGUUUCUUGACGUUCUGGAUAUCGUCCUGUGUUACGCUUACAAGUUAGCGGAUUUCAUGGUGGAGGCGCAGUGGAAGGCGUGUUACUGCUCGCCGGUGAAAGAGGCGAUGACGAGCAGCGACGCAAUCUUGGUCUCCGAGCCCGGAGAAUCCAAGGUUGUUCGCCUCACGUCGUCGAGCCAGCUCCGGCUUGACGAAAUCUCGGACACGUUGUACACCCGGCCGUCGCUGGUGGCGGAGGUGUCAAAGGGGAACGAGAUCACGAAGCUGAGAGUGGCCGCCGGCGGGCGGCCACCGUUCACGGUUAACUCCGCCGUUGUUGAAAUGCUGCAAGAGAGAAACGGCGGCCGGCACAGAUCCGACCAGUCCGCUCCCAGGUGGUCGGAUUGCGACUGCGAGACGUGUCAUUCUUGGGCGUCUUCUUGUUGCAAAGACACGUUAUACGUUCAUGUUGAGGGUGCAAAAGGUAAUGGAGUGCAAGAAAACGUGGUGUUCAUUCAUGGAUUCAUUUCGUCGUCGGCGUUUUGGACGGAGACGCUAUUCCCAAACUUUUCCAGGUUGACGAAAUCCAAAUACAGAUUAUUUGCAGUGGAUCUGCUGGGAUUCGGAAGAAGCCCGAAGCCAAACGACUCACUUUACACCCUCAGAGAACAUCUGGACAUGAUUGAGAAAUCAGUUCUGCAGCCACACAAGGUGAAAUCUUUCCACAUCGUGGCUCACUCUUUAGGCUGCAUUUUAGCCCUCGCACUCGCCGUAAAACAUCCCGGCUCGGUCAAAUCUCUCACUUUACUAGCACCCCCUUAUUUUCCGGUGCCGAAGGGGGAGCAGGCGUCGCAGUACAUGAUGAGGAGGGUGGCGCCGCGGCGGGUGUGGCCGCCGAUAGCGCUGGGGGGAUCGAUAGCGUGUUGGUACGAGCACGUAAGCCGGACGGUGUGUCUUCUUAUCUGCAAGAACCACCGUGUGUGGGAUUUUCUUACCAAACUCAUAACCAGAAACAGGAUAAGAACGUAUUUGGUGGAUGGUUUUUGCUGCCAUACGCACCAUGCAGCAUGGCAUACACUGCACAACAUCAUAUGUGGGACCGCAGCGAAGAUGGAGGCGUAUUUGGAGGUGGUGAGCAACCGGCUAACGUGCGGCGUGGCGGUGUUCCACGGCAGAGACGAUGAACUCAUCCCGGUGGAGUGCAGCUACAACGUAAAGUCAAGAAUCCCCCGCGCCCGAGUUAAGGUUUUGGAGAACAAGGACCACAUCACUGUUGUUGUCGGAAGGCAGAAGGCUUUUGCCAGAGAGCUUGAAGAAAUUUGGAAGAAAAAUACCACGUCUUAAUAUUUUUUUUUAAAAAAAAGAAGUAUAUAUAAAACUAUUACUAUUAAUUAAAGUAUGUUUCGCCGUCAGUAUAAUGUCGGUCCAGUGUUAAAGGAAAAUGGAUCGAGACAUAAUGAUGUAUCCAUCAUGCAUGUAUUUAUAAUUAAGGAAUGAAAGUUUGAAUACAAUUGCAAGUUUUGUUAUA